AUGCUUGCAUGUUAUGUAUGUUGGUCCUUUGCUAGAGCCUAUGCACCUGAAGUUUUAGCACCUCAUGUACCAGAGUUGGCUAAUAGUCUUGUUGUAGCAUCAGUAUUUGACUGUGAAGUCAAUGUAAGACGUGCAAGCAGUGCAACUUUUCAAGAAAAUGUUAGAAGACUGGGUAUUUUCCCUCAUGGGAUAGAAAUUAUUACAAUGGCAGAUUAUUUCACUGUUGGCAAUAGAGUAAAUGCAUUCUUAGAGAUCAGUGUAAAAAUUGCAAAGUUGAUACCACAAGUGUUAUCACAUGAUAUGCACACAAGACAUGGUGGAUUAUUGGCUGCUGGUGAAAUAUCUUUAGCAUGGUCAGAAAUCAAUGGAAAUGAUAGAAGUUGGGUUGAAAUUCAUAAAAAAUUAAUCGAGGCAAAUUGGCCUAUUACAAGUGAUAUAAUGGUUGUUUGGAAAGAAGUUGUGUAUGAUCUAUUAAGUAGAAAAGAUGAACAUGGACAAGAUGUGGCUGUUAGGGCGGCUAAGGAAAUAAAAAAUAUCUAA